AUGGAGCAUUGGAGGAAUGGCAGACGCGAAUUGUUUGAGCAGUUGUCCAAUAUCUGCAAUAAUAUUGAGCAGAACCUUGACAAUGAACUCGUGAACGGAGACAAUACAAUUAUUCGAAAGGAUGAAUUGGAAAAGUUGCGUUUGAAGGCAAACUCCUUUGAAUCUGAUAAUGAAGAACAUGCUGCCCAGAUCAGAUCGAACGAGGAUUCGCUACAUGAGAAGGGAGUGAGGAUUAAGAUUCUGGAGGAAGAUGUGUCAAGGCUCAAGGAGGAGCUUCGAUCGAAUCGAAAUGCGGUUACCAGGGCAGAUAAACUUGAAGAAGAGAACAGGCAUCUUCUGGAGGAACUGAAGAAAUACCAGAAUGUGACUUCGAGGGUGGAAGAUCUUGAGGAGCAGAAUAAAAGAUUGUCGAUGGAAUUAGGCAAUGCGGCCAUACGAGCAAGAGAUGCCGAGCUUGCUAGUACCGAUAAUGAGAGAUCAAGUUCAUUUGACAACGGACAAGUACCUUCGAUGAGCCGCCAAUCGAAUCAUAAGGAACUCGACAAUGAGCGCAAGCGCAUCAAGCAACAAUGGUUGAUGCAGAAAGAAAGAGCAGAUAAAUAUGCCGAAAUUCUGCGAGAGAAGAAUGCGCAAUUACGUCGAUGGGAAGCGUGGAAUAACGAGCAGCAUAUGUCACAUACGGACAAAGCUGAUGAAACUGAAGUACAGACGCAAAGAACCCGGAAGUCGAGGUCAAAAUCGCAAGAUUUGGAAGGAAGAAAGUCUACGAUACCUAAUAACCAAAGCCAUGUUGAUGUCGCUCCUCAGGCGACCGGAGUCCCUGUAACGAGUCCAAAACAAGAUCUUUCAUCGAAUGACAUUAAUCAACAGUCUGAUGUGGAUGAUCCUGGGCAUGAACAUGGUCGAAAGGAGGAAGUAGAUCCUGAAUCCCCGCAACUUCCAAAGCAUGUGCGAAGAUCCCAGCGUGUAACCAACGUCGAGGAAACUCAGUUUUUGCCCAUUGAACCAUGCCAUUCGAGUUCUACUCAGGAUCCAGAAUCUUCACCAUCUGGUAGUAGGGCAAUUGCUACUGUCGGCGAGACAAACAUAGAGACGCCCAAGAUACCAUCAUCCGACGAUGCCCCAGAGUUUAUAUCUGCUCGCCCUGUGAGGAAAAGGAAAAGGAACGAGCGCGAACCACAACGCAAGCCUUUAGCUAAGGUUAAGCUAGAGGAGCUCGAUUCAAGUAGUCCCAUCACAACUAGAAUACUUCAUGCCAGCGAAAGUCUUGAUUUAGAUGACGUUGGUGAUAAGGUUGUCACACCAAGGAAGCGCCGUCGAGCAUUCAGACCAUACAUAGAAGACGUCGAGAACGGAGUUGAGGAUGCGGUGGGUGAUGAAAUGUUACUAGAUGGCAACAUGAACAAGCAAAAUCAAGUUCCUACUCCUGGCAUCAUCGGGCAGCCAGGAAGGACAAUGAUUACACCAGCGACUAAGAGAGGCAAAAACUUAGUCGGAAAAGCUUUACGGCCACUCAGUACCAAUCGUAUCCUUCCAAAUACAACGGAUCCUAACCUGCCGACUAAACGGCAACGGAAGUCAAGUGCUAGCGUUCGAGGAGUGGAGGAUAUACUCGAAGAUGGAGAGUCAAGCAGUCCCGCAAAGACCCCUGUGGCUGUUGAAAAAGGACGCAUCCACUCUGCAGACCUUCUCAAUAAUCUUCUUUCAAGCUCUCCGCCCACGAAAAUCACCGCCUAUCCAACACCGCAAUCCGUAGCUCCAGAAGUACGAUCGGUAAUGCACCCACCGUCCAAGUUAUCGACAGAGAUAACGACAAACCGCCUUGAAAAACACAAGACCUUAGUUGCUACUCCACACUUCCAAAAAGAUCGUGAAGAUCUUGACGCACAGGAUGAUACUCCAGUGCCAGGAAGAAGGGCGAUUAUAAGCGACGAAGGAAAUGGACUUGCCAAAAAAGCUUCUAGCCGCCCUCGGAGUGUUAUCAAGAGAGAGAUUUCCGGACCAGAACGAAGAGCAUCUGUAAGCGAUGAAGGGGCUGAAACCGUCAAAAUUUUUACUGGCCGCCCUCGAUCAGGUAUCAUGAGGGAGAUUUCUAGGCCUUCAUUAAGAGGUUCAAGGCGAGGCUCAACGGAAACACCUCGUGAAGCAAGUAGAUCGCCUACCAAACUCACUCCGAAAGUAAAGUCAGGGAGUUUCAAGGUACCGACAACAAGUAAGGGAAAAUCGAGAAGAGGAAUUGGGCGGGAUCUUGACUCGGAUGAUCCCGAACGAGAGCCUUACCGAUUACGAUCUGUGACUACGUUAAAACUUGAUCACUUCAAAAUCAAUCCAAACUUCAAUCAAGGUUACGACUAUGCAUACACAGAAGUAGUUCGUGGUAAGGAUCGUCAAUGUCUUCCGGGUUGUGUUAGAGAAGAAUGUUGCGGGAAGCAAUUUGGCGCUUUAGUGCAAGCCCUGUAUCCCGCGAGGGAAAAUCCUACAACUUCACAAAAGGCAGAGGAAGAUACACUUCUUGAAGAGUACUUAGGUGACAACAAACACAAGAUUUGGACUAUGGGAAAAGAAGAGAGAAAGGACAGUCUAGCACAGGCUAGAAAAUGGAAAGCAUCCAACACAAUGGGGAAGCAUAAAUCUGUUGUCCCAAGGAGAAGUACACCGCCUGGAUUCUGGGAGGCUGAUUUUCCUACUACACAAGAAGAUGAGGCAUUCAAGAAGAAGCAAAAGGAAAUAGAGCGACAAAAGGUAGCCGAAAGAUAUGCGGAAGCAAUGAGGCCGGGAGGUGCGUGGUUGUUUAAAGACGAGUAA